AUGGGCAAAAAGCCUUUGAGCUUGGGUCUUUCCCGGCAGGAGCAGUUGAAGCUGAUUGCAGAUCACAUGGCAUCCGCCGCUUGUCCGUGGGACGAGCUGAAGCUCAGGCAACUGGAACAAAGCCUGAAACCAGUGAAACCGGGCUUCUGGACCGCAAUUCCUGGCUUCCUGGCAUCGCAUCAGGUGCCUUUAGAUUUGGCUCAGCUGGACAUGCAGAGCUUUGCCGAGGCUCGCGGUUGGCACAAGCUUGGCUUCGCCCCUGCGUGGUAUCAACGUGCAAUGGAGGUGCAAAAGCUCUUCGAUGAAUUGAUUCGCGAAUUUGCCCAGGGGGCCUUCGAGGGGGACGAUGCCAACCUGGUCAAAGAUGAGGGGGUGGUCAUGUGGUGGAAAAGCCUUUAUGAGAAAAUGCCAUCGUUUCGAAGGGCGGCUGAAGGCCGUUGGCUCAACAGUGACAAGAAGUCCACGGGAAUCGACUACGAUGUGGUCGAAGCAAAGGGUCCAGUCUUCCAGUCUUCCAGUCUUCGCCACGUUUCAUUCGCUGCAGCCGUUGGUACAGCUGCGUUGUGGCCUUGGACCACUAAUAUUGAAGCCAUGGGAGGACUUCUCUCAGCUGCAGAUGAGCAUCCACAGAGCACUGGGACAACGGUGGAUUGUAAGCAGUUCCUUCGCGAAGCGAGUGGCCGAUUGUCCGACUUCUACGUGCGCGUGCGCGAUUUGGGCGAAGGAGCGUAUGGCGAAGUCUUCUUGGCGCGUCAGCGAAUUCUGUCAGGGAGCCAUGAACGAGAGGGUCGGCUCUGCGCAGUGAAACGCGUGCGGAAGCCCAACGUCCAAGCAGGCCUUGAUGCGGAGGGCGCCGAUUCCGAAGAAGCCUUGGAAGAGUUUCGGGUGGAGGUGGAACUGAUGAAAUCCUUGGACCAUCCCUCGAUCUGCCGGCUACUGCAGGUCUACGAAGAUCCCAAGAAUUUGUAUUUGGUGAUGGAACACCUCCAGGGCGGCGAACUUUUCGAGCACGUGGUGGACGUGGGCCAUUUGUCGGAGCCCACGGCAGCUCGUGUGGUGAGGCAGGUCGCUUCGGCGCUGGCAUACUGCCACGAACAUGGCGUGGUGCAUCGGGAUAUCAAACCGGAGAAUAUCCUGGUGGUCGAUGAAGAUCAAGAGCUUACAGUGAAGCUCAUCGACUUUGGCUUCGGGAGUCGCAUCCUAGAGGGCGUGAAAUUGCGGGCCAAAGUUGGGACCUUUGUGUAUAGUGCACCCGAAAUUCUGAAGGGUGACUGCUGUGAUGAGAAGAUUGACAUGUGGGCCCUGGGUUGUGUUCUCUUCGUGCUGUUGUCUGGAGAUUCGCCCUUCUAUGGCAGUGAUUGCCAAGCGAGAAUCUUGGAAGGCCGCUACUCCAUGGAUGACUGGGAGGGCGUCUCCCAGGAAGCCAAAGAAGUGAUCGAUCUGCUGCUAAAGGUGGAGCCGAGCCGACGUCUUUCUGCUAAGGAGUUGCUGGAACAUCCCUGGUUGCAGAGAUCGGCACCACAUCAGCAACUGGAAGCUACAGCCUUGAAACAUCUCAAGGAAAGCUUUCACCAGCAGAAUUUCUUCCGACAUUUGGCCGCUGGGGUUCUUGCCAAACAACUGGAUGAAGGUGACUUACACGAGCUUCAUCGGGCCUUUUGCGAAAUUGACCAGGAUGAAAAUGGAGUAGUGACCUUCGCUGAGUUCAAAAAUGUGUUGCGAGAUUUCAAUCUCAACAGCAGUAGUCACCCAGACUUGGAUGGCUCGGGCAAGGCUGCUGAGAUCUUUCGUUCUGUGGAUUUGGAUGGCCGGGGGGUCAUUGACUACACCGAGUUCGUGGCUGCCUGUUUGGAUCACAAGGUGGAGCAGGAGGAAAGUGUGACCUGGAGGAAGUACUGGUACCAUGAACAUUCAUAUAUUUUGAAAUAA